AUGAAUCAGCUAUUGAAGGCCGCUCCUCUCGCGACACAGGUGCCUUCCGUGCCGCCCUCAUCGAAUCGGCACUUCAUCAAGACUGCGGGCCUCGUCCUUGCGGUUGCUGCGUUGUUGGCCGUGCUGUGGAUGCCGGCUGCGCCGGGGCUGCCGCUGGCUGGCCAGGUGAUGCUGGCUGUACUUGCCUUCGCCGUGAUCGUCUGGAUGACCGAGGCUCUCGACUAUGCCGUGAGUGCUGUAGUAGUCGGCGCACUGAUGAUCUUCCUUCUGGCUGCGACCCCCGAUGUCGCAAAGCCAGCGAGCGGUGACAUUGGGACCGGUGCGGCGCUGAGCCUGGCACUGUCGGGCUUUUCAAACAGUGCUGUCGCAUUGGUCGCGGCAGCUUGUUUUAUCGCCGCCGCUAUGACGGCCACGGGGCUUGACCGGCGCAUCGCGCUGCUCGUGCUUUCAAAAGUAGAUGCGCGCACCAACCACAUCGUUAUUGGCGCCAUGGUCGUGGGCUUCCUGCUGUCGUUCAUCGUGCCCAGCACAACGGCAAGGGUGGCUUGCCUGGUGCCCAUCAUGAUGGGAUUCAUUCUUGCCUUCAAGGUGGACAAGCGCAGUCGCUUCGCGGGCCUGCUGGUGAUCGCAGCGGCACAGACUGCCAGCGUCUGGAACAUCGGCAUCAAGACCGCGGCGGCGCAGAACUUGGUGGCUAUCGGCUUCAUCGAAAAGCAGUUCCAGGCCACGAUCACGUGGAUGGAGUGGUUCAUUGCCGGGGCCGUUUCAGCCCUGAUGAGCGUCGCGGUCUACUUCAUCAUGACCCGAUGA